AGAUGCAGCCAGGAAAUGGUAAGAACAGUUGGCUUUUCUUUCCCCCCGUCGCCCUCUCACCUAACCAAAAACAAGAACAACCCCCACUAUCUCUCUCUCUCUUCUGGACUUUGGACCUUUUUAGACACGUAGAACCACCCAUCUUCAUCCUUACCCUUUUCUGGUCUUGCACCUACUACUGCUGAGACGGGAGCCGGAGGAGCUGGAGGAGCUCGAAUUGAAUCGUUAUCCGGAGAAGCAGAGCUCCACCAAUUCAUCCAGCACAAUCCCCCAUGGAUAACCCUUCUUCUUCUUCCACUUCUGAGUCCAAGACGGCUGAUCUAGACCCGCCCCUCCACGCGGUGGGAUUCGAGCUGGAAGAGAUAACCGCCACCAGGGUCACCGGCAAAAUCCUCGUCUCCCACAAGAGCUGCCAGCCGUUCAAGGUGUUGCAUGGAGGGGUGUCAGCGCUGAUAGCGGAGGGGAUGGCGAGCAUGGGGGCACACCUCGCGUCCGGCCUCAAGAGGGUGGCCGGCAUCCACCUGAGCAUCAACCACGUGAAGAGCGCGGUGGUCGGCGACCUCGUCCAUGCCGAGGCCACCCCAAUCAGCCUCGGCAAAACCAUUCAGGUAUGGGAGGUGCGACUAUGGAAGGUGAACCCGCAAGACUCCGAGAGCAAAUCUUUGGUGUCAUCGUCUAGGGUUACUCUCCUCAGCAACAUGCCCGUCCCCGAGCAUUUGAAGGACGCAGAUAAAGGUCUCAGGAAGCAUGCGAAACUCUGACUACCAAUGUACAAUUAGCAGCUCGCUCCGGUGAUCAAACCUGAAAGUACAGGCCACUUAAUGAAUAAAGUUUCUUUGAACCAAACGGUUAUCGAUGUACAAAUAAAGACCCACAUUUCUCAGUAAAAGCAUUGCACACUGAACCGAGACGACAUUCCGAUGUCCUGAUAGAGGUUGUUCGCCCCGCUACAAGGCCAAGCCCCACAUGACUUGUACUCCCUUCAUUUUCAUGGCCAGUGUUCUUUGCUGGCUGAGUUGAAAGUAAAAUGCAGGCAAAAUGUUGUUACAUUGCCACACGUGUGGCUGCAGUAUGGAUCUUAAUCUACUGAACCAACCAGCAAAUGGAUGAUAUAGCAGUAAGAAAAGCUCAGUUCAAAUGUUAA